AUGUGUGGUAUCUUUGGCUACUGCAACUAUUUGGUAGAAAAAUCACGCGGUGAAGUGAUAGACACAUUGGUGGAAGGUAUACAACGCCUUGAGUAUCGUGGGUAUGACUCGACUGGUAUAGCCAUCGACGGCGAUGAACCAGACUCUACGCUGAUCUACAGACACAUCGGCAAAGUAGCAGCUCUGGAACAGGAAAUAGAGAGACAGCAGCCACAACGCGAAGCGACGUUUGUGUCGCAUUGCGGGAUCGCUCACACCCGUUGGGCCACGCACGGUGAGCCCAAAAACGUCAACUGCCAUCCCCAGCGUUCAGACGCCCACAACGAGUUCGUGAUUGUUCACAACGGGAUCAUCACCAACUUUCGCGCACUUAAGCAAUUGCUCGUCAACAAGGGCUGCCAUUUCGAGUCCGACACCGACACCGAGUGCAUUGCCAAAUUGUUCAAGCAUUUGUACGACACCAACGUGAAAAACGGCGUUGAUCUCGACUUCCACGAGCUUACAGUCCAGGUUCUACAAGAACUGGACGGCUCGUACGGAUUGCUGUGUCGCUCUAUCCACUAUCCAAACGAGGUGAUUGCCACUCGUAAGGGUUCGCCGCUAUUGGUCGGUGUCAAGUCCGAACGCAAGCUCAAAGUCGAUUUUGUCGACGUGGAAUUCCCGGACUCCGACAAUGACCCACAACCCGAGGUCCCACUCAACUCCGUGCGUGGCGAGCACCGCAACUUUUUGCCCAUUGCCGCUAACGAGUCUGCAUUGAGACGGUCUCAAUCGCGUGCGUUUUUGUCCGAAGACGGUGCACCCAACCCGGUCGAGUUUUUCGUGUCCUCCGACGCUGCUUCUGUGGUCAAACACACCAAAAAAGUGUUGUUUUUGGAGGACGACGAUAUUGCGCAUAUCUACGAUGGUGAAUUGCACAUCCACAGAUCCAGACGCAAAAUGGGCGAAUCUGCUACCAGAUCCAUCCAAACUUUGGAAUUGGAGCUUGCUCAAAUUAUGAGAGGCGACUACAAGCAUUUCAUGCAAAAGGAGAUCUUUGAGCAGCACGAUUCUACUUUCAACACCAUGCGUGGUAGAAUCGAUUUUGAAAACAACAGCGUGAUGCUUGGAGGCCUGAGCGCGUGGCUCCCCGUCGUGAGAAGGGCACGCAGACUUAUCAUGAUCGCAUGCGGCACUUCUUAUCACUCAUGUCUGGCCACUAGAGCCAUUUUCGAAGAGUUGUCCGAGAUCCCUGUGAGCGUUGAGUUGGCAUCCGACUUCUUGGACCGUAAGACCCCGGUCUUUAGAGAUGACGUGUGUGUGUUUGUUUCGCAAAGUGGUGAAACGGCAGACACCAUGCUUGCUCUCAAAUACUGUUUGGAAAGAGGCGCCUUGACUGUGGGUAUUGUGAACAGUGUUGGUUCUUCGAUCUCUAGAGUCACUCAUUGUGGUGUCCACAUCAACGCUGGUCCUGAAAUCGGUGUAGCCUCGACCAAGGCCUACACUUCCCAGUAUAUUGCCCUGGUGAUGUUCGCAUUGUCCUUGUCUGAUGACCGGGUUUCGAAAAUCGAAAGAAGAAAGGAAAUUAUUCAAGGUCUCAAACUCAUCCCGGAACAAAUCAAAAAAGUGUUACAGAUGGAGCCUCUUAUCAAAAAGCUGUGCAACACCGAGUUGAAAGACCAAAAAUCUUUACUACUUUUGGGAAGAGGUUACCAAUUUGCGUCUGCCUUGGAAGGUGCUUUGAAAAUUAAGGAGAUUUCGUACAUGCAUUCAGAAGGUGUGCUUGCAGGUGAAUUGAAACACGGUGUUCUGGCUCUUGUUGACGAAGAUUUACCAAUCAUUGCGUUUGCCACGAGGGACUCGUUGUUCCCAAAAGUUGUUUCGUCUAUUGAACAGGUUACUGCCAGAAAGGGACGUCCAAUUAUUAUUUGCAAUGAGAACGACGAAGUUUGGAGGGCCAAGUGUAAAAACACCAAUCUUGUUACGCUAGAGGUCCCACUAACCGUGGAUUGUCUGCAAGGUUUGCUAAACAUCGUUCCUUUGCAGCUGACUGCCUACUGGCUUGCUGUGAACAAGAAUAUAGAUGUGGAUUUCCCAAGAAACCUGGCAAAAUCAGUCACCGUGGAAUAA